ACAACUCAAAAACUGAAGAGAGAACCACAAAGUUACAACUUUGUGAUACAAAUACUGGAGGCCAACAUUGUUUAGUACAUUGUCAAAAUGUCUCGGUACAUCUACUUAAGUUAAAUUUGCCAUAGAAGAUCUCAGAUUGGCGGGGUGAGUCGGAAAGAUCUACAGGUGUGACACAUCUUAUUAAAUAGUUGAUCUUUUCCGUGACGCGCAGUUUCCGCGAAACUCAAUCUGGGAAGCUAAAGUAAACCAGAAAAUGAGCAAAAAGGACAACGGAGCCCCUGUCAUCCUCGCCUAUCUAAAUGAGAAGAACCGUCCCUAUAGUGCUCAGGAUGUCUUCUGUAACUUACAGAAGCAGCAUGGGUUGGGCAAAACGGCAGUGGUCAAAGCCAUGGAGCUGCUGGCUCAGGAGGGAAAGAUAAAAGAGAAAACGUACGGCAAGCAAAAGAUUUACUUUGCCGAUCAGUCACAGUUCAGAGAUGUGAAUGAUGCAGACCUGAAGUCCAUGGAUAAACAGAUUUCAGAGCUCAGUGCAGAGGUGCAGAGCCUAACACAAAGCUGCAGGCAGCUAGAUACAGAACUGAAGGAGCUGAACAGCUCCCUCACAACAGAGGAAAUGAUGGCAGAAAUUCAGGAGCUGAAAGCUGAGUGUUCUGGGUACAGAGCACGCCUGGAGAAGAUAAAGUCAGCUACAAAUCAUGUGACGCCAGAGGAAAAAGAGAAGGUUUACAAAGAGCGGGAUGUGUAUGUGAAAGAGUGGAAAAAGAGGAAGAGAUUGGCUUCAGACAUGAUGAAUGCCAUCCUAGAGGGAUAUCCAAAGAGCAAAAGGGAGUUCCUGGAAGAAGUGGGAGUGGAGACAGAUGAGGACUGUAAGGUGGUGGUUCCCAACACCUGAAGAAAACAGCUGAGCUGCUGCUUCAUCAGUGCAAGCGUGUAGCUAAGAAAACAGACAUCAGAGCAAUCUGAGCCACAGAGAAAACUUUAUUUAUAACACGUUCUUUGAAUAAAUAAGAGUUUAACAAUUGUUGAAAUGGAAAACAGAGCUAAAAGCAUAUCAGCUAAACAUAAAAUCACAAAUGUUCUGGCAUCCCAGAGGGAUACCCGUCACGUCAGAUGCAGCGUUUUCAUUUUAAAGCCAUAGAAGCAUACCUGAGUUCACAGUAAAUAUGUCAACAAAUAAAUAUUAAGACACCUUGUACAUAUUUAGGUUGUGUUAUGAACUGCUUCAUUUUUUCAAUUUAAAUAUAGAUUGUUUUUAUUCAAUAUUGCCAGGUAAUUUAAUGUUCAUAAUAGUAUCUUUGAUAGUUGACUAAUGCUUGACAAGUUUGUUUUUUCAAAGAUUAAAGUUAACUCCACAACUUAACGAGUUUUUAUUUUCUCCUUCCAACUUGCACGGUUUUUUUUUCUGUAAAUGAAAAUAAAAUAAAUUCAACUCAUUAAAUUCUGAAGAGUGAUUUUAA